GACGAUGGUAAAUAAUGGUCAGAGUUCUUUAUUGGGCGAUCCUCCUAAAGAAGUCAGACUUCCCUCCAACCCUUACUUAAACCUGGCCAGUGUAAUGCCAGGAGUCAUUCUGCAAGGCUCGGUGGCUAACAAGCCUCAGGGGGGACAGCCAGGAACUGGAGUGUACAGCAACCCGGUUGCUCCUGUGGUCUCCCAAGGUUCUUCUUACCCCCACAGCACAGCAGCUACAACCCCCGCCCCGUACAGUGCCGACACCUCCACCGACUUCACCCAGUACAACCAAAUGUACACACAGGACGCCAUGCAACAGUGGUACCAGCAAUACCAGGCAGCACAAGCUCACACUUACAGCACCGCUGCUCCACAGGACAGCACGGCUACAGAAUACAACAAGGAGCACACACAGGUUCCUGCAGUGACCUCUUAUGGAGAUUACACGUCCUACAUGCAGGCUGUCACUCAGUACUACUCACAACCUGCAACAACCAACCAGGCCUACCCCACCAAGGAAGCAGACGUCUGUAAGAGUUUGGGCGUCCCUUUGCAUGCGGUCAGUAAUGGUCCACCACCUCCACCGGCGGUUUUACCGCCCACCGCCGUGCUCCCAGCCUACAGCACCCUGCCUUUAAUGCCCAGCUUCAUUGGGACGCCACACCCGCCGGCAGCCACACCGACCCCUGUCACGCACCCCCAGACUACAGCCACUGACUGGAACACGUACUACUACAACCAGUCGAGGGGCCUUAAGAGGGAGUAUCCCCAGCUCGCAGUGCCAGAGGCGCCAUCAUCAGAGGGGGCCUACAUUGGUCAGCACUCCCAGGGCCUGGGGGGGCAGUAUGCUGACUACUUCAAGAGGAAGAGGCUCUAG